CUGACAAAGUGGCGUUCCUGGACCAACUCAGCGACCUCAUCAAGUCAGCCACCCAGCCAAACGACGACGAGCCAAGGCUGCCCGCCAUCAUUGGCGGCGACUUCAACAACACACCAAACAUCAGCCACCUGUACGUCCAGCCAGAGCCAAGCCAAGAGCCUAGGAGCGCCACACAGGCAAACCACGCUCUCAAGGACUUCAUCAACAAGCACGCACUCGAGGAUGCCUGGCUGCUCAACCACCAUGCCGAUGACCCUGUCGAAUACACACGAUGGCCGAGCAAGAACCAGACACACCGAGCCUCCCGCAUCGACCUCAUGCUCCUGUCAUCCAACCUCCCGCUCACAAUCAAGUCGACCGCGACCAGGAUUUACCAACACUCGGAUCAUCGAGGCGUCUGUGUGAACCUGGUGGCGCCGUCCGCGGAAGACAGAUGCACUCCACCCUUCAAGCUGAACGACACCAUUCUCGAACACGCUGGCUUCUGCGGCAUGGUACUCAACGAGAUAGCAGAGCUGGCGCGCCGCCCCGACCCCGAGAACCACUGGACUGCUUUCAAGGCCGACGUAGCAUGGCUAGCCCAGUGCCUGUGCGGCUCCAUUGCGAAAGACCGGGCGAAGGCUCUGGCCCAAGCGAGCCGCAAGCUCAAAAUCAUCGAAGGCAAUCUCCUCGCAGCAACAUCCCCCGCAGAGGCAAAACUGCUUGCAGCCGAACGAGCGGAGCAGGAAGCCCGUGUCAAAGCUGAGCUCGAGCAUCGCGCGCAAGGAGCACGAGUCCGCUCGGCCAAAAAGUGGCGCACCGAGGGCGAACACCCCACCUCCUUCUACUUCUCGCUCGAAAAGCAGUCCCAAAAGGCGACGCACAUCCCAAUGCUCCUCGUCGACGGCAAAGAAGUCACCGAUGCGGCCGGCAUCACAGACGCCCAGCGUGACUUCUACGCUAAGCUCUAUGCGCACGUACCCAUUGACCCAGCAGCUGCCCGGCACAUCCUCAGCCAUGCAAAGCCCAACGAGAUGCUCGACGACGAGGACCACGAGUUGAUGAGCAGACCGCUGGAGGCAUGGGAGAUCGUCCACGCCAUCAACAAAACUGCACCUGGCAAGUCCCCAGGGCCCGACGGGCUGGGCACUGCGUUUUACAAGAAGUUCAAGCACGAGCUGGCCCCAAUCCUCGCCGCCAUCGCCAACCGCUCGCUCGAAAAUGGUCGCCUUCCGGAAUACAUGCAGGACGGCUUCGUCAAGCUGCUGUACAAGAAAGGCCCGCGCUCUGACCUUGGCAACUACCGACCAAUCUCGUUGCUGAACUGCGACUUCAAACUCCUGACCAAAGCAGUGAUCGCUCGGCUGCAGCUGGUGGUCAACGACAUCAUACCACUCAACCAAAACGGUUUUGUCACCUCUCGGACCAUCGAUGGCUGCGUCCAUCUCACCCGAGAUGUGAUUGAUCUGUGCAACACCAUCAAAACCCCUGGAGUGAUUGCCAUGACAGACGCGUCCAAGGCGUUCGACAAGGUCUCACACGACUUCCUGUAUGCUGCACUCAGAGCGUACGGAGUCGGGCCAGGCUACAUCAACAUGAUCAAACUCUACAACACCAAUGGCCGCUCCGCGAUGGUGUACCAAGGCCGAGUCUCGGAUCACUUUCCAAUUCAAAGGUCGGUGCGCCAGGGAGGCUGCGACUCGCCGACGCUCUUCGCGUUCUACGCCUGCGCCAUCGUAGACUACAUCACGUACGGCACAAAGCUCAAGCUGUUGCGGAUCCCCAGCAGCAAUCUCAAAGCCGAUCGCAAGCGUGGCCGAGCGAAUGAGGACCGGCCAGACGAUCUUGUCAUCCUCCCCACCCUCUUCGCAGAUGACUCGUCCUACUUUCUCGCCUCACCAGCAGACGUCCCAAACCUGCUGAACGAGCUCAAGUUUGUGGGGACGGCCACAAAUCUGGAAAUCAAUGCACCAAAGACCACCAUCAUCCCGCUCGGACCAACUGCAACGCGCAAGCCUCCCCCCGACCUGGAAGGCCUCGAGUGGGUUGGACCAAACUCUACGACGCGCUACCUCGGUGUCAUGCUCGGCCACGGUGAUCUGACCGUCGCAAACUUUGGCGACCUACUUGACAAGCUGCACGGCCAGCUGUCGAGAUGGCUCGUCCACGGACCGUCACUCCCAGGUCGUGUGCUCAUCGCCAACACCAUUGCGCUGUCCAAAGUCUGGUACCGAGCGAGGUUUGUGCCCCUCUCGUCCGAGCAGACAGCAAAACUCACCCGCAUCAUCGACAAGUUCCUCUGGCACCCAAGCAAAUGGCCGCGAACUCACCAGGCCAACGUCGCAGCACCAAUCAAAUCCGUGGCAUGCGGACUCGGACUCAUCCCUGUUCGGCGUCACCUCAAAGCCCUCCUCGCCCAAGCCGCCCUGGCAUGGUGUCAGCCGCUGGUGAUCAAGGCCUCGUCAGACUUUAUUGGCAUCUCUGCAUUCUGGCACAAAGCCUUUGAGGCAUGGCACGAGCUCAGGCCAGAGCUCCAAACCCCUGCCUGCCGCGACGAGGCGCUCGCUCACCCUCUCUGGGACUCACCGGACAUUCAGGACGGCGGCAAGCCGCUCUGGUGGCCGAGCUGGAUCCUCAACGGAUACAUGCGCGUCCGCGACCUGCGCCGCUUCAUCGGUAACCCAGCUAGAGAAGAGUGGUCCCCGCUCUCGCUCGUCCAAAGCUUCACCAACGCAAAAUACUACAACACGCUCCACGAGGCACUCGACCGGAGCCAGCUCUCGUCGCUCGUAGAGCAGGAUAGCUCCACAAUCCCGUCAGUGCAAGAUCUACCGUGGUGCUGGGCCCAACCAGCCGACGACGACGACGCCAAUCCCAAACUCUUCAGAGUUGUCAAACUCCGCACGGGCAGCCCGCUCACAAGCAGCUCACUCGGAGCCGGCCAAGUGUUCUACGAGUCGGAGAACGCCCUGAUCGCACCUGCCCAGCCAGGCCUAGUCCUCCUAGUCACCAAGUUCCGCCUGGCAACCGCGCAACACGCCACCGUCGUCUACUGGCGAGCCCCCAACACCAAGCCUGAACCAAACAAGCGGGGAAAGAUUUUCCUCCCACGAAAGCAGCUGUACCAUGUUGGCCGCACUCAACUCAUGCCCCUCAUCUGGAGCAACAUCGUCCUCAACGGUGUUCACUCAAGCGUCCAGAAGCCCCUGCAAGUCACAUCGCACAAGCUCAAACUGAAAACGCUAAGGCAGCUGCUCACUCCACGUCCCUCGAGACCAGACGCCCUCCAAUGGUGGAUCAACAAAGUUGGCUACGUGCCCUUCGAAUCACUGGCCAGCUCCAUCAGAACCAGUCUAGUCACAUCCAAGCAAGCCUCCCUGCUCUGGCGCAUUGCACACCGCACCAACCGACUGGGCGCCGACUGGCUGGAAACAGAUGGUCAAGCCCUGCGCGCCGGCUCGCUCUCCCGCGAAGAGUACGACGACAGAAUUGCCACUGGGCGCUACGACUGCGCGCACUGCAAACACGACGGCCGCUCGGCCAGAGAGACCUGGCACCACAUCCUUGUCCGCUGCCACACAGCCCAAGCGGUUUGGGAAACCGCGAACGCCAUCUUCCAGCACGCUCACUCAAGUUCCCUCCCAAGGUUCGACAAAGCCCUCCUGUUCGGUCCCUUCCCCACCACGCUUGCGCGUAAAAAGGAAAUGCGAGCGCUUGCCACGAUCCUGUACCACCUCGGACGCUGGGCGAUCUGGCGCACCCGCUGCGAAGCAAAAAUCAACAACACAUUCACACCCAGCCACACCACCUUCAUCAAACUCGUCCACUCCCGCGCCCUGCAGGACAUUGUGCCGCGAGCCCCGCCUGCUGACUCUCCCACGUCGAAGAUGUGGGGAAAGUGCAUUGUCAGGUCAGAAGAGAAGACCACCAUUUCACUUCUACCCCCGAAACCCGGUGAGCAUGAGCAAACCGAGUCACCAAGCGGCGCCCGUAAUGACCAGGACGCUGGCACCAAAUUUGCAACCGCAAGAAUAAGUUAA